UUCCUGUAAGAGAGAGAGAGAUUUGCAGAGGAACUUGCCAUUGAAGGUAAUCCAUUUACAAUCACGAAUCUUCCUGGUCCAGGUACACGUAGAUCCUCUAUUCUUCCGAUCCCGGUCAUCGGUUGCAAAUUUUCUUUUACUUGUUUUCUGAAAUGAAUUCGAAUUUUGGCAAACCCAACCAGCAGAAAGGUUCUGCAGCCUCUCUGAACAACUUUAAUUUCGACUUUGAUCUUGGGAUCGGAUCGAAUCGACCCAAAUCUCUCAAUGAUCAGAAAAACCAUACCCCGUCCAAUUCAUAUUUUACUUCUUCCUCCACAUUUUCGUCUACUCAACCAAGACCCGCUUGGCAACCAAGCAAACCAUCAUGGACUCACCAGCCGUCGCCCAGUCUGGCGGCUCAGUCCGGCUUGCCGGGUGGGCCUGUUUCAAUGGUUGGGGAUAUCUUCGGCAAGAGCUGGGGAUCGACUCAACCUUCGGCUUCGAAUUCGAGUAUCGGAACUAUUAAUAAAGAUCCUAAUCUCUUUGGGGAUUUGGUGGGCUCUGCCUUAGGACAGAGUUCUAAGAGUAGCGGCAAUGUUCCCCUGAAAAAUGCUUCUCCUAUUUCGAAGGCAUCCAGUACUGCAUCGAACAAGAGUUCGUUUUCCAUGGGGAACAUGGCGGAUUCUUUGCCUAAAACCAGUAGUACAGUUCAAAGCAAUGGAAGUUGGGGAUCUUCUGGGAAGGCGGGGAGCUAUUCCAGCGGCUACAAUAGUAAUAGUACUAUGAGCUCCAAUAAAAGCACCAAUCUUGGGGGUCCUUCAUUGCGCAGUGUGAGUGUUGGGGGUGGUGCGGCUGGUAGUGGAAUGAGUUCUAAUAAAGAUCCAUUUAGUUCUCUGUCUGGUUUUGGGUCCAAACAAUCUGGUAGUCUUAAUUCAGCGAGCAAAGCAAAAGAGAAUGACACGGGGAAUGAUGGUUUUGGACAUUUUCAGAGUGCUUCCAAACCGAGCUCUACUGCAUUCCCAUCAAGUAGUUCAACAGCAAAUAGUAUCAAUCUUAAUGGAUCCGCAUCUUUGGGCCAGAAGCCUGUGCAAACUUCUGGUAGUGAUCCAUUGGACAUGUUCUUCUCAAGUUCCUCGGCCACAUCUGGAAGUGCUCCUGUGGCCUCUGAAGAAUUUGGAGGACAGCCUUCUUCAGAAGUUGAUGACUGGGGCUUAGAUUCUGAGUUUGGUGGGGGAGGCCAUGAUAUGGGUGGAACAACCACUGAGCUUGAAGGACUCCCCCCUCCUCCUGCUGGUAUAUCUGGUUCUGCAGCAAAAGCCAAGGGGUUGGACAAUUACAAGCAGGGACAAUUUGCUGAUGCUAUAAAGUGGCUUUCCUGGGCUGUCAUCCUUCUUGAGAAAUCAGGUGAUAAUGCAGGCACUACGGAAGUUUUGUCAUGCAGGGCCUCGUGUUUCAAAGAAGUUGGGGAGUACAAAAAAGCAGUAGCGGAUUGUACGAAGGUGCUUGAGAUUGAAGAAACAAAUGUAUCCGUUCUCGUACAACGUGCUCUUUUAUAUGAGAGUAUGGAAAAGUACAAACUUGGUGCUGAAGACCUGAGAACUGUUCUGAAGAUUGAUCCUAGUAAUAGGGUUGCAAGAAGCACCAUUCACCGAUUGAAUAAGAUGGCUGAUUAGUGAUUUUUUCUUUUGGCCAAUCUGAAAUUCAUUCAUGUCUCAUUCCCAUAGUUUCAUUGCCCUAACCCCUCAGUCCCAAUAGGUUGGGGGUGAUGGUAAAUUUAAUUUCAAGUUAUACACUGUUCUGAUUGUUGCCCCCCUUCAUAUGAUGUUGCAUGUAAGUUUUUUGCCUUGUUUCUGGCACAUAUCUUGCAAUUGCUAUGGUUACCGCAUACCCUUGAGCUAAGAUUCGAACUGGAUUAUGAAAUACAUACUUCUUUUCCGCUU